AUGAAAGUUAGCCUCCAAUCCAACCUCAAGAGGGAAACACAAAUAUACUUUGCUCUUAGGCCAACUUCAACCUCAGAGGGGAACACAAAUAUACCCAUUGCAAGGCGUCAAGAGGGAACACAAAUGCACAUUUUGCCCAAUGUUUCAAGAGGGAACACAAAUAAACACUUUGCUAGCCUACUAGAUGGUACAAGUGCACACUUACAUCUAGCAUUCUUGAAUGGUAUAGACAAGAGCUCACUUGUAUUUAGCAUUCUUGAUG